AAUCAACAAAUGGAAGUAGACGCAUCGCCUUUUUAGAGAUUAUUGAACGAUUUUUAUACGCUUAGCAACUAGAUAGAAGUUUUUCGGGAUGUCUAGGCCCCCAAGUAUCGUUCCACAAGCUACCAGGACAGUUGAAAAUUGUGUAAAACUACCACCUUUAAAAGAAUGCGAUAAUAGGAAAGCGGGUCGUCUAAAAGCAAGUUUAAUAGUUGAUGAAAACCUACCGACUAUUAGUGAAUAUAAGAAUGAAUAUAUUAAACAUGCACAUCAACUUACGAAACCUAUGCGUCCUGAAGAGGAGACUACGUUUAAUCAAGAUCGUCUAGACGACCUAACUACCAAUAGGGUAGAUUAUAUUAGACAUGAGAUAUCGAAGACUAAACCAAUUAGGAAAAUGGACAAGUACGUUUCCCCCGAAACUAGAAUGGAGGAUACUACUUGCUACAAAACGGAUUUUGAAAAGAAAAAGAUCGAUAAACGUAAGCCGAUGAAGGCGAAGAGUGAGCAAAAGAUCUCUGAACCGUUCAAAGGCACUCCAAUUUAUAGAACGGAAUACGUCGAGUGGCCCCUUUCCAAACCAAAACAACCCGCUAAAGCUGAGUACGUUCGUCCCAACAUAUCAUUUGAGGGAACGCCUACGUAUAAAACAGAUUUUAUUCGCUAUAAUGAAAAACCUAGACGUCUACUUAAACCGAAUCAAGAUUCUAUUCGAGCUGACGAACCUUUGGAAACGAGAACUGGUUAUAGAAUGGAUUUUGUUAAACAUCCUCUUCCGGAAAAGGCUAAGAGGAAGCGAGAAGUUUGGCAAUCUAAUGGAUCGUCUUUUGAAGGGAUUACUAAUUAUACAACAGAUUUUAUUCAGAAAGAGUAUAGUAGGCGAGAGAAUUUUAAACCGUCCGUUACUAGCUUUGAGAGUAAUGAUCCGUUAGAGAAUCGAACCACUCAACGAGACGAUUACAUUAAGUGGGAAGUCACAUCUAAUAAGAUACAGCCUCUUCCCGAAUACGAGCCUCCCACAGAACCAAUUGAUUCUAGAACAACACAUUCUAUGGACUUUACUCAGAAGCCCUAUAGCAAAGUGGAGAGUAUUAAAGUUAUUGGCGAGAAAAAGGUAUUGGAACCAUUUGAGGAUAAGACAAAUUACUCACAGGAUUAUCAAAAUUGGAAAGGAGAAAAGGCCAAACCAAAUCCAAGAAAGAAUUAUGAACCUCUUUCGGCAAAAUUCGAAGGUAUUCCCACAUACGCAUCGGAUUUCGUAGAACACGAAUUCGCAAAGAGGCAACCCAUUAAACCAAACUCUGAUGACAUGAAUAGGGAUGCAAACAGAUUCGACGAGAAUACAAUUUACAGAAUAGAUUAUACAAAAAAAGCAAUACCAAAACAAAGAGUAUUGGAAGAAACUAGUGGUGGUUCAGUUGUUUGGUAUGAACCAAUCAGUCAUCGACCCUUUCUAUCUAUGACUGAGAAUGAAAAUGCAGAAGGUUUGGCUUGCAAAUGA